GUUAUCGAAUACUAAGCGGCGAAUGUUAACGCCUCAUUAGGAUCAGAACAACUUAUACUCGAAAGAUGAAGUGAUUAAUGUAAUAGAAAUGUCAGAAGAAUUCACCUCGCCGCGAAAUUCGUACCACAGUAUUGGAACAAUUAUUGUCGAAGUCUCAGUUUGUGCUCUGAUUGAUGGGUUGGCUCUCUUCGGAAACGUGUUGGUAUCUCUGGCAGUGAUUCGCAGCCCAAAGCUGCGCACUUCAACAAACAUGUUUAUACUUGCGUUAGCCAUCGCGGAUAUUCUUAUGGCAUUAAUCUGCAUCCCUAUAACUUGCGGGAUACUUUUCUCAGAAGCCUGGAUCGACACGAGUGUUCUUUGUGAUAUUCAGGGAUUUGCUAUCCUCGCGCUGGCCUUCAUGUCAAUAGGCACUUUGGCGCUAACGGCUAUUAACCGGUUCUUUCGAGUUGUGAAACCUGUUAUCUACAAACGCUUCUUCACCAAAAGAAAUUCUUUGCUUCUAAUUUGGACGCUGUGGUUUUUGAUCAUCACCUUUUACGCAAGUUUGCUUCUGAGCAGAGCGAGUUACAUCCGUUACGAACCCAGUUAUGCAGUUUGCGCAGUUGCGCAUAGAUUUAUGCAAACGUUGGUGGAAUUUGUGUUUGUUGUUGUGGCUUUCAUAGUUAUUGUUGUGAGUUACACACUUGUGUUCAACAGAGUACGAAGACAUCAUAUUUUGGUUGUUUCGUCUCUAGUGCGCCAACAGCGGAAUUUGAGUAUCUCUGUGGAAGAAAUUAAAAUUUCGAAGCUUCUUUUUAUGACUGUGCUCGCAUUUGCCAUUUGUUGGAUUCCAAGUUUAAUAAUUAUCACAAUGGACCGUGCGUCACCUGACACCACUCCCCCUAGACGACGGACUCUGUUAUGCACUUACCUUAACUAUCUCAGCGUGGCCUUGAACCCUCUCAUAUACGGCGUCAUGAAUCGUUCCUUCAGAGCAGAAUAUAAGAGAAUUCUUCUCUGUCGUAAGAACCAGGUUGACGUGCCUCCCAAUGGUAACAUGAGUCUUAAGUCAUUUACAAACACUGCACGCGCAGCAGUGAUCUGGAAAAGAGCUACAGAGAACAAGACAGAAGCGGCAAAAAUCGCGUUCGCGUCACGCAACCAAGAUAACUGUAAAAAAACGUCACGCGAAGAAAAAGAGGAUCCUUUUCUGCAGCGCUUACGGAGAUCUUCAGGUUGUUCUGGGGCAGUCUCGUUUUCGCAUAUUUCUCGUACUUCUACACCAACUUUACAAUGAAGAUAGUUCAUAGAGAAAAAGAUUGUAAAGCGUUGCGUGACAAAAACUAGUAUAAAGCCGUGGUUGCCUCGCCACCCGCACUCUUCAAAGAAAAUUGUAAUUCGAAAUAACACAAUUUUAUUUUUAUUUUUUCGUUUCUAUGAAUUGUGUUUACAAGUGUUCACUUUACCUGUCUUUGACCCAAACUCAACCCCAAACACACGGUAAAUAAGGUUUACGAACUUAAGCAAUUGUUACAAAAAGAUUACAAAUCACACUAUUAAAUAUUGUAUGGCAAGAGAAAAGGUUUUUAACCAUAACCAGUUAGUUAACAUUAGUCGUGGGACCUUUAGUUAACAAAUAAAAUAGCUAUAAUAUUUCCUUAAAUGAGAUAACAACAACAACUGAUCAAACUCCGGCUCGUAACGAAAGCGGAACUACAGUUUCACGGUUUGCAACUCCC